GGCGGCAUCGGGGAGUAUAUAAGCUGGAGGACAGACGACCCCAAUUGUGUCGCACGGUUUUGGUGUCAGAGUAAAGAGUGAACACAAGACUCAAGCAUCAAGCAAAAUGGCUUACUCCUGGGAUAACCGCGUCAAGUACAUCGUCAGGUACAUGUACGACAUUGACAACAAUGGCUUCCUUGACAAGAACGACUUCGAGUGCCUCGCCGUCCGUGUCACCCUGAUCGAAGGCCGUGGCGAGUUCUCCCCUGAGGGCUAUGCCAAGAACAAGGAGAUCAUGGCUAACCUCUGGAACGAGAUCGCUGAGCUCGCUGACUUCAACAAGGACGGUGAGGUCACCGUUGACGAGUUCAAGCAGGCUGUCCAGAAGAACUGCAAGGGCAAGGCCUUCGCUGACUUCCCCAACGCCUUCAAGGUCUUCAUUGGUAACCAGUUCAAGACCAUUGACGUCAACGGUGACGGCAUGGUUGGCCUCGACGAGUACAGGCUUGACUGCAUCACCAGGUCCGCCUUUGCUGAUGUCAAGGAGAUCGAUGAAGCCUACGACAAGCUCUGCACUGAGGAGGACAAGAAGGCCGGUGGCAUCAACCUCGCUCGCUACCAGGAGCUCUAUGCCCAGUUCAUCUCCAACGAGGAUGAGAAGAACAACGCCUGCUACCUCUUCGGCCCACUGAAGGAAGUGCAGUAAGUUCCUCUCUGUCUCAGCGCGGAAGGAACGCCCAGAGCGCGAGGCUUCUUUGGCUCGCGGGGACGCCCUCCGAGCUAGUUUAGCCGAGCGUCUCUCUUUUUUACUGCCCUCCUUAAGGACACACUCCAGAGCCCGUUAAUACCUCACCUCACCACAUCAUCUCAUCAUUUUCAUCUCCCUCUGACGCCAAACCGUUCCCGCCGGGAUCGACACCUCCGGCGCAGAACGACCGCCGGCCUCGAGGAUCUCUCUAGCCCGACCUUCGUGGAGUGGAGAGCCUCACCAGCGCCGCCCCUGGCUCGAGGACGACCCCGCCCUCGGCCAGAGCAACACCGGGACCGGUCGACUGCAUUCGCGAUCAUGUUUCUUUUAUUGUUAUCCAAUAAAUGUUGAACUAAAAUAC